AUAUGUACAAGACAAUGUGCCGUUGGGAAACAACAAUUCGAAUCACUUCUUUCCCACCCUUUCGUUGAAAGCAGCCUAAUACCCCGUAGCGCCUGACCUAGUGUUGAGGCUCUGUCCAGCCCAGCCCAACCACACCACGAUGCGUUUCUUCAACCGCAACAAGGAGGCCGCGCCGCCAGCUCCCACUGGUCACGCCCACAAGACCGACAAGGUACGCACGACCAAGCGCAGUCAUGGACGGGGGCCCUACAGCAUGGCCAAGAGACCGAGCUUCGGCCAGUGGCUCAAGUGCACUUGGCUGGACAUUGUGACCAUGGCCGUCAUGGGCGCCAUUGGUCUGGGUGUCUACAUGGCGGACCCUGCGCCCUCUCGCUCGUUCGCCGUCACUUUCGCGGACGGCGAAAUCGUCUAUCCCCAGUUCGCCUAUCCCCUCCGUGACGAGAUCAUCCCCAUCUGGGCCGCCGCCCUGCUCGCCGCGCUGGUGCCCAUCUUCGUCUUCCUCGUGAUGCAGAUCCGCGUCCGCUCCUUCUGGGACGUCAACAACGCCGUCAUCGGCCUGCUCUACUCCCUCAUCUGCGCCGCCGUCUUCCAGGUCUUCGUCAAGUGGCUCAUCGGCGGCCUGCGUCCCCACUUCCUCGACGUCUGCAAGCCCGACAUCAGCCUCGCCGACGACCGCGGCUACAACGAAAAGGGCUUCAAGCAAAUCUACUACACCAAGGAGAUCUGCACCGGCGACAAGAGCCAGAUUGACGACAGCCUCGAGUCCAUGCCCAGCGGCCACACCACCGCCGCCUUUGCCGGCUUCAUCUUCCUCUACCUCUACCUCAACGCCAAGCUCAAGGUGUUUUCCAACUACCACCCGGCCAUGUGGAAGCUCGUCGCCAUCUACGCCCCCGUCCUCGGCGCCUGUCUGAUUGGCGGCGCUCUCACCAUUGACGAGUUCCACAACUGGUACGAUGUUCUCGCUGGCGCCAUCAUCGGCACCAUCUUUGCCUUUUCUUCCUACCGCAUGGUCUACGCCGCCGUCUGGGAUUUCCGCUUCAACCACAUCCCCCUCAACCGCCGCGCGCCCUUUAUGUACGCCGUCGAGGGCGCUGAGCUGGCCAACGCUGUCUUCACACGCCAUGCUGGCUGGGGCGCAACCGGCCUUGACGGUGGUCUUGGCCAUGGUGUUGGUCACGGUGUCGGUCAUGGUGCUGGCCACGGUGUUGGUCACGGUCAUGGGCAUGGUCACCCGGGUACGUAUCCUGAUGGAUACAACGGCCACAACGGCACGUCGAUCCCUCGCCGCGCUGUGGGUGGCCACCACGAGCCCGAGACCAUGGUCUAGGAAGGGGGAGCGGAUAAGUGUGGCGGAAUGGCCCAGGUGCCUCGGACGAAGUAAUGUAAUCACGGCUUCUGAUCAAUUAUACCCAUAGUCUUCUGAAGCGAAUGGUACUUUCUCAUGAAAUGCUGUCUGUAACAACUGUUCUCGUGUGUCGCCUCCAUCUUGAUGUGAUUUGCCGAUGCAAGUCCCUUG